CGCCGGUGUCUCCCCGGUUGCGCAAAACGCCAUUUUGGAGUGACGGUAGAAGAGAACGGAACGAUCGAGAAGCCGUCUAUCUAAGUAGAUUUGUCGCCAUGGGGAAUGUAUUUGCAAGCUUAUUCAAGGGCCUAUUUGGCAAGAAAGAGAUGAGGAUUCUUAUGGUAGGGCUUGAUGCUGCUGGCAAAACGACCAUCCUGUACAAACUCAAACUUGGAGAGAUAGUCACCACCAUUCCCACCAUUGGUUUCAAUGUUGAAACAGUAGAAUACAAGAAUAUCAGCUUCACAGUGUGGGAUGUGGGUGGUCAGGACAAAAUCAGGCCGCUGUGGCGCCACUACUUCCAGAACACUCAAGGGCUUAUUUUUGUGGUGGACAGCAAUGACAGAGAGAGAGUGAAUGAGGCGAGAGAGGAGCUGUCAAGAAUGCUUUCUGAGGACGAGCUCAGAGAUGCAGUGUUGCUUGUUUUUGCAAACAAACAGGAUCUCCCAAAUGCUAUGAAUGCUGCAGAGAUCACAGACAAGCUGGGUUUGCAUGCCCUUCGCCAGCGCAACUGGUACAUCCAGGCCACCUGCGCCACCAGUGGUGAUGGCCUGUAUGAGGGCCUAGACUGGCUCUCCAACCAACUUAAGAACCAGAAAUGAUCAUUCCACCAGUUUUUUGUUUUUUCUUUUGUUUGUCGAUUAUUUUUCUGUUUCAACACAGUGGCAGCACCGGAUCAAGGCCCCUUUGCUCCCAUCUGACCUCAUUUCCAACACCACCUUCAAAGAAAACCCUCCGUUACCUACCUUUCCCCCCUCUCUAGUCAGUACUCAUGGGGCUCUAGCCUGUGCUGCUUGUGUGUGCGUGCGUGCGUGUGUUUGUGUGUGUGUGUGUGCGUGCGUGCGUGUGUGCAUGCGUGUGUGCGUGUGUGUUGUGUAUGCGUGUUCAUUGAGCGAUUUGAGUGGGUGUGGAGGCGUCUCUGUGUUGUUGGCUGGGAUUGGGAGUAACCUUGGCGUGCCUUUUACACACCUCCUGUGGAAACAGUGGUCUGGCUCCUCAAGCCCCUUCCCUAUCACCCACAAAACAGCCCUGACCCCACUCAGACUACCCCCACUCUCAGUCUUGCACGGCCCCCUCUCCCCACCCUUACUCUACACAGGAAGCAUGGUUUUCAUAAGGCAAAGAAAGAGCAAGGGUGCAAACUCCCUCCCUCUCUCUGUAGUAUAUACCUAUGUUGUCUUGUUCACCCAAUGUAGACAGAAUGCUAUGAUGUUCAUUUUAAUCCAUUUGAUUUUGAAACCUUGACCCACCUGUUAAAAAGAUUGAAUAAAAUGCAUCGUAACCUGUAUCAGGUUGAAGCAAAUCAAAAAAAAAGAUUGCCACCCAUCCUCGAUCAUUCUUGUCAUUUGAAAAUCAUGCUGUUUUCUUUUAUUAUAUUAAAAAAAUGCAGAUUAUUAUUGGCAACGGUUCUCCAACGAACACUACCUUUCCCCUCCAGUUGGUAAAACCACAAAGCACAAGGCAAGCCAACAAUCCUUCUGUAAAAGUGAACCAAUUAAAUUGACUUUAAACUCAAGAAUGAGACUCUUAAAAUGGAUGCCGUUCUGUCCUUUCCCAAUUUGUAGUGGCUGAAAUAUUUAAUACACUGAAAUAGGAUUUUUGUGUGGCGAUCUUCAAUAUAUAGUAUUUAACAAUUUUGACAGCUUCCCCUCAGUUUCAAAUUAGGUCACCGAUACAUUAGUUGGGCAUUUUAAAAACAUGGUUAAAACUGGUGGCUUGAAUUGGGUGACCUCAUGCAUUCAAAACUUUAAGACAUUGUUCAUUUAAGAAAUGUUACAUAUGUUUUUUUCUGUAUUUACUUUUAGCAUUUCUAUUUGUAUCAUGACUGCUGAACCAAAUGCAUUUGAGCAGUAUGACAAAUCUUGUGUAUGAAAGUAGUGUAUCCUUGAGGGCCUAAAACUACAGAUGUUUCAAGAGAUUUCUGUUGUCUCAAAGUUUUGGCGGUAGUGCAUUGGCAAAAAAAAUAAAAUAAAAAAUCCAGCUGACUGAUUUCCAGGUUGGGAUGAAGGAAAAGCACCAGAUAUGAAGGUGCUUAAGUGUAAAUGCUGAAGGCAUAUGAAGGAAGCCUGGCUCAAAUCUCUGGGUGCUAAGGGGCAAAUCAUAGCACUGUACGCUUCUGGAUGGAUUGAGUUACUUCAAGACCAAUUAAACAGGUACUCGUAGCAGUAUCUCAACCUCUGAGCUCAAAGGACUGAUAACAGACCCUAAUAAUGGGAAGUGGGGGCAUGGGUAACUGGUCAUGAGUUUAAGCGGGUGUCCUUGGUGUAGAACCAUGGGGAUUAAGCUGGCGCUUCUGUCAAGAAUGAUUGUAAAUCUGCAAGCCUUCUGUGGGGAUUUCAUGAAAACAUUAAUAAACAUGAUUCGAUCCUUCA